GCCGGGCAGUACGGGGUGGCCCAGACCCGGCGCCGGGCCAUUGUGCUGGCGGCGGCUCCGGGGGAGAAGCUGCCGAUGUUCCCGGAGCCGCUGCACGUGUUCGCGCCGCGGGCGUGUCAGCUCAGCGUCGUCGUGGACGACAAGAAGUUCGUCAGCAACAUCACCAGGACGUAUUCCGGGCCUUUCCGCACCAUCACGGUGCGGGACACGAUGUCGGACCUGCCGGAGAUCCGGAACGGGGCCUCGGCCCUGGAGAUCUCCUACAACGGGGAGCCCCAGUCCUGGUUCCAGCGGCAGAUCCGCGGCUCCCAGUACCAGCCCAUCCUCAGGGAUCACAUCUGCAAGGUGGGGCGGGCUGGGAGCAACUGGGAGCGACUGGGAGCAACUGGGAGAGG